UCAAGGAUUCUGGGUAAUCUCCUCCGGCGGUGCGCCGUCGCCCUGGGUGAAAGGGCAGGGGGGCGGCCCACGGUUCCCCCCGACCACAACCGGGUGAAGAACAGGAGCGGGCGGCAAUAUGGCGGCUCUCGCCAGCUCGUUGAUCCGCCAGCGGCGGGAGGUGAAGGACCCCCAGGCCAACCGGCAGGUGGCCAACAAGAGGAAGCCGUGCCCCAAGGCCAACAAGUCCCUGUGCCAGAAACAAAUAUUAUUACUCAUAUCAAAAGUCCGACUAUGUGGCAAUCGAGGGCGAAACAGACCCGCCCAGCAGACCCGCCCAGAAUUGCAAGACCCCCCCCCCCCCCCGCCAAAUGUAAACGGGGGAUCAUUAGAGCCCCAACUGAAAGGUAUCGUCACAAGACUCUACAACCGGCAUGGCUUCUACCUCCAGAUGCUUCCGGAUGGCACCAUGGACGGCACAAAGGACGAAAGCAGCUCCUUCUUGCAGUUCAACUUGAUUCCUGUGGGACUGAGGAUAGUAGCCAUCCAGAGCACUAAGACAGGGCUCUACAUUGGGAUGAACAGCGAUGGAUAUCUCUACACCUCAGAACACUUCACCCCAGAGUGCAAGUUCAAAGAGAGUGUGUUUGAGAACUACUACGUGACGUACUCGUCCAUCCUGUACCGGCAGACCCAGUCGGGCAGGGCCUGGUACAUCGGCAUCAACCGGGACGGACAGGUCAUGAAGGGCAACAGGGUCAAGAAGACCAAAGGGGCGGCCCACUUCCUGCCCAAACUCAUAGAAGUGGCAAUGUACAGGGAGCCUUCGCUGCAUGAAGUGGUGGUGGUCGCCGAGCUGAGUCCGCCCAGAAAAACGGCCAAGACCUCGGAUUCGCCCGUACUGCAGAACGGCAAGAAAGACCCGCCCUCCAAAACCAAAACUUCCUAGCGCACGGAGAAGACAGGGGGCAAUGGGCACA